CUAUAAGAAGCUAACUCAGCUUCUCCUCCUCCAGGCGAUGCACUCUUCACAAUUUUCUCAUAUAACAACUUCAAAGCAAUGUCCGCCAUGGAAGUGCCAUUAGCUACCGAGUUAGCGACUCACUCAUCUUCGUCUUCCUCAUCGGAAAUUGAAAUAGAGAGGAAGGGGAAGGUUAGAGGGAAACAUCCAACAUACAGGGGAGUAAGGAUGCGUCAAUGGGGGAAAUGGGUAUCCGAAAUAAGAGAACCGAAGAAGAAGUCGAGGAUUUGGCUCGGAACAUUCGAGACAGCCGAAAUGGCAGCUCGGGCACACGAUGUGGCCGCGCUCAAGAUCAAAGGCAAAUCGGCUUAUCUCAAUUUCCCCGAGUUGGCUCACCGCCUUCCCCGCCCGCGUAGUUCGUCGCCGAAGGAUAUCCAAGCCGCCGCUGCUAUAGCGGCAGCCACGAGCUACGAGAAAAGCAGCCGCGUGGUUCGUCGUCGAGGUCACUCGUCGAGCUCGCCUUUAAUAAACGAUGAUGACGAUAAUGACGAUGCGUUUGUUGACCUUCCGGAUCUAUUGCUGCGUAUGGACCGCCAUAUUGAUGAGUUCUGGAGCUCAUUUCCAUGGCCUUCGACUGCAACCGGCGAAGACGCCGUCGAAGACGGUUUCGGGUACGCAGAGUCGAGCCUCUGGGAAUAUUUUGUUGCUUGACGACGAAGAUGGAGAUACAAUUCGUGUACUAUUGCUGUCUUGAAGUUAAUUAUAAAUAAUAAUAAAAUGAUAUUUAAGGUUUAA